AUGGCAAUGCCAAAUCAUGCCAUGUCCUAUUUCAAGUUACCGGUGAGCUUAGAGCAUCUCCCCCCACAAGGGCUAAGUCUAAGGCAAGGGCAAGCAAGAGCUGCCACUAUUCACCGUGAUGCCAGCGCUGACGUCAGCCAACUCGGGCUUCAGCCCGGGCAAGACUUGCCCUUGGGCUUGCUCGGGCACGUGGGACCCACCACCAAACCGGGCUACGGGCCCUGCGCUGGAGCUGUCUCGGGCUGCCUUUGGCAGCCUUUCCCCCGGGCUGGGCUUCUGGAGAUGCUCUUAUGCAAGGAAAUUGAGGGCGAGAUUGCCCCGUUUUGGUGGAAAAAUGGUGCAGAUCGUAAACCUAUCCACUGGGUGGGGUGGAAGCAAUUGUCUAGGCUCAAGAAGGAUGUGUUGCAGGAUAAAUAUUACUCUGGGAUGGGAUUUCUUGAGGUACACCUUGGAAGGAAAGUAUCAUGUGGGUGGAGAGGCAUUAUGCAAAGUAGACAGAUUCUGGAGGCUGGGUUAAGGUGGCGGUUGGGAAUUGGAGAGCGGAGUCGCGUUACUUUGGAUCCAUGGCUGCCCACACCUCACACUUUUAAGACGCAAUCUGAACAUCCUCAUCUUCCCCCUAUGGUGGCUGAUAUGAUUGAUGCUGAUCUUAAGACAUGGCGGGUUAGGUCUGGAUAUGAGCUUGCGUUGUUUUUGAAACGGAAUGGGGAGUUAGGAGUUAAAGGGAUGGCGAAUGUAGCAGGCAGAAUAGUCAUGCUCCAGUUUGGAAAGGCAUUUGGUGUCUACGCAUCCCACCUAAAAUUCGUAUGUUUAUUUGGAAGGCUUGCCGGAAUGCUUUGGAUGUCCGACAUAAUUUGGUAA